AUGGACAAGGACACGGCCCCAGAACGGCCACUCCCUUCGGCGAGGAUUAACGGCUCUGAGGCGGAGCUGCACCAGGGGGCCCUUCACGGACCAGAAUUGGGUUUCCAGCAAAGAGACUCAGAAAGACUCGGGGUGGAGCUCCACCAUGGGGCCCGAGACGGUCCAGAGCUGCGCCUGAGGAGCGCGGAGCUCCGCCGGGAGGAACGGCAGCGCCCUGGCGCGGAGCUCCGCCGGGAGGCCGCCGAGCUGAGGCGGAUGAGGGAGGUGCAGCAGGCCCGCAGGAGACGGUUAUCGGAGGCGUGUGCCCGGUCUCGGGCGGAGGAAGCCGGUGCUGGGACCGGGCCGGGGCCGGGGCCGGGGCCGCUGAGCCCACAGCAGGUGUCGCGGAUCUGGGUGGAGGAUCGGUACCGGCUGCUGUACUGUGAGGUACCGAAGGCGGGAUGUUCGAACUGGAAGCGGGUCCUGAUGGUACUGGGGGGCCAGGCCCAGACCACGGCCCAGAUUGAGCACCAGGCCGCACACUACAGUAACUCCCUGCGGCGGCUCGACAGCUUUGACCGGGAGGGUGUCCGUCUCCGGCUCCGGACCUACACCAAGCUGCUGUUUGUCCGGGAGCCACUCGAGCGCCUGGUCUCGGCCUUUCGGGAUAAGUUCGAGCGGCCUAACGCCUACUACCAGCCGCUGUUCGGUAGCGCCAUCAUUGCCCGGUACCGGCCUAAUGCCACAGUCCAGGCUGUCCGCACCGGCUCCGGGGUUACAUUCCCGGAGUUUGUCCGUUACCUGUUAGACCCGGCCCGGCCCUUAGGGAUGGACAUUCACUGGGAACCGGCGAGCCGCCUCUGCAGCCCGUGCCGCAUCCGCUACGACUUUAUCGGCCGCUUCGAGCGCCUGGAGAGCGAGGCCGACACGGCCCUGCGGCUCCUCGGGGCUCCCCGGAACCUCCGCUUCCCCCGCGGCCACCCGAGCACCGGGCCCGGCCUGAGCCGCCGAUACCUUUCCCAGCUCAGCCCCGGGGACCGGCUCCGGGCCUUUCACUUCUACCGCAGCGACUACACCCUGUUCAACUACCCCCGGCCGGCGGCCACCCUCCCGGACUGA